UAGCCCGCCCGGGGGGCGCCUCGCCCUGCUGCUGCCGCUGCCCUGGGGGCCCCCAUGGGAAGGGGCCGGUCCGGAGGCGCGCCCGGGCCCCGCCUGCCUGCUCCCUGCUCGGGGAUGCCGCCGCCGAUGCCGCCGCCGCCGCCGCCUCUGAUGCCGGCUUGAAGGGAGGAGGAGGAAGAGGAGGAGGAGGAGGAGGAGAAGCAGCCGCAGCCGCGGCAGAGCCGCCUUGACCUUGCUCGGGACGCCGCUCUGCAACCUGUUGGCCGCACCUGCGAGGAGGAGGAGGGGGGGAGAUAGCGGGGGUCUCCUCCGCCGGCAGGCCGCUGCCCAAGCGGUCCAUCCCUCCUUCCUUCCCUCCCUUCCUCCAUCUAUCCCUCCUUCCCUCUCUCCAUCCCUAAAUCCCUCCCUUCGUCUCUCCCUCCCUCCCGGAGCGCCAGGGGACCCCGGCUGACCGGCUGGCCCUGGGAGGAGGGGGUCUCUCCAGGCCCCUCUGCUCCCCCCCCCCCGGUCUUCUUCAGAGGCUUGCUUGGUCUCCGCUUGAUGGGGGGGCCCUGAACUGGACAGCCUGCAGCCCCCCCUUCCUUCGAUGUGACCCACAGCUGCCACUGAGGACUUCAACUCACCUGAAUUCUCCCCCGCCCACUCCCUACACACACCUGAGAUUGGCCAGGAGCCAGACUGGGACUGGCGACCCCCCCCCCCCCCCCCCCCGCCAUCCCUUACCUGGACAGGUGAUGGGGUUCCCGCUGCUGCAUCCGGAGGGGAUGCCCGGUGCCCCCCUGAGAGGUUAAAAGCAAAGCCGGGCGUCACCCAGGGUUAAGCUGCCGGAUGGACAGACGGACCACCCCGCUUAACGACAUGGAGACCAAAAUCCCUCCGGCCGUCACACCGACCAGCCCUUCGUCCCCGGGGCUGUCUCCGGUGCCGCCUCCGGAUAAAGUGGACGGUUUUUCCCGCCGGUCGCUGCGCCGGUCCCGCCAGAGACGAUCGCACAGUUCUUCCCAGUUCCGGUACCAGAGCAACCAGCAGGAGCUGACACCUCUCCCACUGCUGAAAGACGCUCCGGUUUCAGAGCUGCACGACCUUCUGUGCAAGAAGCUGCAGCAAUGCUCCAUCGUCUUCGACUUCCUGGACUGCGUCGCUGACCUGAAAGGCAAGGAGAUCAAGCGGGCAGCCCUGAACGAACUGGUGGAGUGUGUGGCCACCAACCGUGGCAUCCUGAUCGAGCCGCUCUAUCCCGAGAUCAUCAAGAUGAUCUCAGUCAACAUUUUCCGAAUUCUUCCACCCAGUGAAAAUCCGGAGUUCGAUCCCGAAGAAGACGAACCAAAUCUGGAACCGUCCUGGCCGCAUCUCCAGCUUGUAUAUGAAUUUUUCCUCCGGUUCCUUGAAAGUCCAGACUUCCAGCCCUCGGUGGCCAAGCGAUACAUAGACCAGAAAUUCGUGUUGAUGCUGCUAGAAUUGUUUGACAGCGAAGACCCCAGGGAACGCGAAUACCUCAAGACCAUCCUUCACCGGGUUUACGGCAAAUUCCUGGGCCUUCGGGCGUACAUUCGCAAGCAAUGCAAUAACAUUUUUUUGAGGUUUAUCUACGAGACCGAACAUUUCAACGGAGUGGCUGAAUUACUAGAAAUCCUCGGAAGCAUCAUCAACGGCUUCGCGCUGCCCCUGAAGGCGGAACACAAGCAGUUCCUCGUCCGGGUUCUCAUCCCGCUUCACUCCGUCAAAUCGCUCUCCAUUUUCCACGCCCAGCUGGCCUACUGCGUGGUCCAGUUCUUGGAGAAAGACGCCACGCUGACCGAGCAUGUGAUACGGGGCCUGUUGAAAUACUGGCCGAAGACCUGCACCCAGAAAGAGGUGAUGCUCUUGGGGGAAAUCGAGGAGAUCCUGGAUGUGAUCGAGCCCUCACAGUUCGUGAAGAUCCAGGAGCCGCUCUUCAAGCAAGUGGCGCGAUGCAUCGCCAGCCCCCACUUCCAGGUGGCCGAACGGGCGCUCUAUUUCUGGAACAACGAAUAUAUCCUGAGCCUGGUGGAGGACAAUUGUCACACGGUGCUCCCUACCAUCUUCGGCACGCUCUACCGCGUCUCCAAGGAGCAUUGGAACCCGACCAUUGUGUCCCUGGUCUACAACGUCCUCAAGACCUUCAUGGAGAUGAACAGCAAGCUCUUCGACGAACUCACUGCUUCCUACAAGGUGGAGAAGCAGCAGGAACUGAAGAAGGAGAAGGAGCGCCAGGAGCUCUGGAGGCACCUGGACGAGCUCCAGCUGCAGAAGCUCCAAGGCCUGGAAGAAGCCAAGAUGAACCGCCUGAAUUUGCAACGCACCCUGGCCAGCUAGGAGGCCCUCCGCCCCCUGGAAGCGAGCCCCUCGCCCCACCCCCCGACGCAUGGGCGCUGGGAGCGGCCCAACCCUCCCAGGCCGAG